CUAAUAUCUAUCCAUCUCCGGGAAAAAAAAAACUCCGUGGCUUAUGGUCGUCUCCGAUAACCACUCUCUGGGAGAUAAAUCAAAUUGGCUCACUCUCUUUGUGUAAUUUGUUCUUUCUGUAAGCAGAGAGAAGCUCAGAUUCUCUUUGUGUAUUUGCUUUCCUUUUUUAAUUAUUGAUUCCAUGUUUCUCUUUCCCAAUCGUUAGCUGCUUGUGGUGGAUCCGUAUUGCUGAUUUGCAAAGGGAAGCAGAGCUGGUGUGAUGAAUGUUAAUGAGGAGGGUGAGGGUUCGCGUUACCCAGUCACUGAUCAGAAGCCCGUUGAGACGAAAGAGAGGCUUAGUGGAGAAGAUAAAGCUAAUGGAAUCGUUAUGGAUGUGAGAAACGGGAGUGCAGUGGGCUCAGGUGGACUGCAAAUUCCAAUUUCGCAGCAAACACCGGCCACUGUUUGUUGGGAAAGGUUUCUUCAUGUGAGAACCAUAAGAGUGUUGCUGGUGGAGAAUGAUGACUGUACUCGUUAUAUCGUUACCGCGCUUCUUCGUAAUUGUAGCUAUGAAGUUGUUGAGGUAGCUAAUGGUGUACAAGCUUGGAAGGUGUUGGAAGAUCUAAACAAUCAUAUUGAUAUUGUGUUGACGGAGGUAGUCAUGCCUUACUUAUCUGGUAUUGGCCUCUUAUGCAAGAUUCUGAAUCACAAAUCCCGUCGGAACAUCCCUGUCAUUAUGAUGUCAUCUCAUGACUCAAUGGGGCUGGUCUUUAAGUGCUUAUCAAAAGGAGCAGUUGACUUUCUCGUUAAGCCCAUAAGAAAAAACGAGCUUAAAAUCCUUUGGCAACAUGUUUGGAGAAGAUGUCAGAGUUCUAGCGGCAGUGGAAGUGAAAGCGGAACUCAUCAAACUCAAAAGUCUGUGAAAUCAAAGAAUGUUAUAAAAUCUGACAACGAUUCAGGACGCAGUGGUGAGAAUGAAAAUGAGAGCGAUGGCCUGAAUGCUAGUGAUGGAAGUAGUGAUGGCAGUGGUGCUCAGAGCUCUUGGACGAAAAAAGCUGUGGAGGUUGAUGAUGACAGUCCACGAGCGGUAUCUCCAUGGGAUCGAGUUGAUAGCACUUGCGCACAAGUGGUACAUUCCAACCCCGAGGUUCCCGGUAAUCACUUGAUCGCAGCACCUGCUGAGAAGGAGACUCAAGAGCAAGAUGAAAAAUUUGAAGAUAUCACAAUGGGUAGAGACUUGGAGAUUAGUAUUCAUGGAAAUUGUGAUCUGACACUGGAGCCAAAAGAUGAACCCUUAACCAAAAGCACUGGCGUUGGAAAAGGACCUUUGGACCUCAAUAGUGAAAGCCGUUCAAGUAAACAAAUGCAUGAAGAUGGAGGCUCAGGCUUCAAAGCUAUUUCUAGCCACCUUCAAGAUAACAGAGAGCAUGAGGCGCCUAACACACACUGUAAAACUGUAGACACCAAUGAAGCUGCCAUUAAAAACCCCGAAGAGCCAAUGCACGUUGAACAUAGUUCAAAGAGGCAUAGAGGAGCUAAAGAUGAUGAGACGAUAGUUAGAGAUGACCGCAAUGUGCUGAGGCGUUCAGAGGGUUCAGCUUUCUCAAGGUAUAAUCCAGCCUUAAACAACAGUAAGCUUUCUGGCGGGAACUUGGGAAGCAAUUCUCGUCAUGAUAAUAAUUGCCAAGAUCUUAACAAAAGGACUGAAGCGGCAUGUGAUUGUCACUCAAACAUGAACGAGAGUCUCCCUAGCAAUCAUCACUCCCGCGUCGGUAGCAAUAACGUGGAAAUGAGUUCCACAACUGUGAACAACGCUUUCACAAAGCCGGGAGCUCCGAAAGUAAGCCCGGCAGGAUCUUCAUCAGCAAAGCGUUCAUUGUUUCAGCCUCUACCGUGUGAUCAUCAUCACUCCUCUCAUAAUCUUGUUCACGUUCCUGAGCGGAAGUUACCACCACAAUAUGGAUCGUCAAAUGUAUACAAUGAGACGGUUGAAGGUAACAACAACAACACUGUGAAUUACAGUGUGAAUGGAAGCGGGUCUGGUAGUGGUCAUGGAAGCAAUGACCCAUAUGGAAGCAGUAAUGGCAUGAAUGCUGGAGGAUUGAACAUGGGAAGUGAAAAUGGUGCUGGCAAAAGCGGGAGUGGUGAUGGUAGUGGAAGUGGAAGUGGAAGUGGGAAUGUGGCAGAUGAGAAUAAGAUCUCUCAAAGAGAAGCUGCUUUGACAAAGUUCCGUCAGAAGAGAAAGGAGAGGUGCUUCAGAAAGAAGGUGCGAUACCAAAGCCGGAAAAAACUAGCGGAACAACGACCUCGUGUCCGUGGCCAGUUCGUCCGAAAAACAGCUGCUGCAACGGAUGAUAACGACAUAAAAACGCCGAGGGAUAGCUAACGGGGAAAACUGCUAAAACAACACUUGUCAGCAGGAAGAAAGAAAAAACUUGUAAGGUUCUCAUCAUCCAUGUUGGGAUCUAUCUAUCAGUCUAUAUAUCACUUCUUUUUAACAAUUUUUCUUUACCCUCAAAAGUGUGAUUCUUUGAUACUACUACACUAGUAUUCCACGAACACACACGACAGACAAAUUGAUUGUUUGUUAUUUUGUCGUCGUAUAGUGUGGUUUGUGGAUUCAGGACAGGAUUUGGUUCAUGAGUUGAGGGUGUGGUUGUAGAUGUUGUAAACUUCUGUAAAACAAUAACCCACUGUUUGUUUGUAUAAGCUAUAUUGGUUUUGGAGCAUAUAUAUUGUAGUUUACUGAUAUUA